AUGCCAAUCUCACUCUACGACCUGAGCGUCCCGCUCUUCAUCAGUAAUCUCACCAACCUCACGAGCAUCCUCAAGAAGGCCGAGCAAUAUGCGGACGAUAACGGCAUCCCGCACUCCGACCUCCUGACCGCGCGUCUGGCGGCGGACAUGCUGCCGUUAACCUUCCAGAUCCAGAGCUGCAGCAACACUUCCAAGAACAGUCUCGUGCGCGUGGCCGACGCCGAAGCCGUGCCCAUGGAGGACAACGAGAGCACGUUUGCGGAGCUUCAGGCGCGGAUCGCGAAGACGAUUGACGUGCUCAAGGACGUGGAUCCGAGCAAGUUUGACGGAACGGAGGAGAAGGAGGUGGUCAUGAAGUUCCCCGGCAGGGAAUUCAAGUUCACGGGCCAGAGCUACCUACUGACCUUCGCUAUUCCGAACUUCUUUUUCCAUGCCACGACCGCUUAUGACAUCCUGAGGAGCAAAGGCGUGCCUCUCGGGAAAGGGGACUUCCUGGGCAGCUUAUGA